GACCUUUGGCUCCACCUGUUCCUUGUUGCGCUGAUAUUUGCAAUGGCUUGUGGGUCUCCUGCAUGUCGUCGAAUAUUGGGCGAAGAUCUGUGGAGGUUCGCAGUCUUUGGGAUGCACACGACACCAACGAGAAUGGCUAUUUGGACCAGACGGAGCUUGAAAGUCUUCUCAUUCACCUUCACAAGAAGCUUGGCGGCUCUGGAGAUCUUUCAGAAGAAGCCAUCAAACGCUGUGCAGAAAUACUUCAUGUGGAGAGUGGGGAGCUGCGAAAAGAGGUUUUCGCAAGAAGAUUCACACAUCUUUGGUCUCAGAAGGACAAGCUGUUGGAACUCUCUCCAAAGGUGACAGUCGUGAGUGAUACUUCCGAGCCCUCCAGCUCUGUCAACCUGUGGCUUGCUGCAAGUAUGCAUGGUGUCGAAGGAGAGCCUUUUCCUGAAGGUAGUGUCUGUUGGGUGCGAGAUUCAGCUGUGAUGACAGAGAAGGAAGACUUGAGUAGCGUCAAGAAGAAGGAUAUCCCUGGAGCAAGCAAAGGCCUUCAUUCUGCUCGGUUGCUGGUCUUGGGGCAUGGACGAAGCAAGUCGCGGCUUCGUGUCCAAGAUAGUUCAGGCGAUGUUGGCUGGGUCAGCACCACAUUGGAAGGCCGACUGCUUCUCCAGCCUAGCUCUGCUUGGCUCACUGUCUCAGAAACUCAUGAAAAGGAGGCCGUCUAUCAGGCGAUGCAGAAACUCUGGCAUGCCCACAAAGCAGCCCAAGAGCAAGGUGCGAACCUGGCCUCGGAGCUUCUUGCUGCGCAUCAUCAGGCCGUCCAACAAGAUGCCAUCCGUUGGCGACAAGAGCAGGACAUCGCAGAGUUGGAGGAUGAACUGGAUGAGGAAGAGAAGGUAUGCAAAAGUUUUAAGCGUAAAGUGAAGGAACUGGAGCUGAGCAUUGCCAAGGAGGAGCAACGAAACGGAGAGGAGAAGCAAAUUCAAGCGCUGGAAGAGCGGAACUCCACUCGGCUGAAGUCCGAGCUGGCAGAGUUUGAAAGUGAGGCAGGCAGGCUGCGCAUUGAACUGGAAGAUUCCAGGGCAGCUUUGCGAACUGCGCAGCUGGAACGCCGAAGCAAAGAAGAGCAGCACGAGAGUCGGAUCUCAGCAUUGACUGGGUUGAUGCAUGAAGAGGUGAACAAGGCACAUGAGAGACUUACAGUCACUGAAAUGGCCACAACAGCAGCGCAAAGAACGCUGCAACUUGUAGAGGAUGAGGAAGCAGGGAAAACGAGCAAGUCAGCAGAUGAGCUCAAUCGAAUGAAGGAUUAUGUCAGAGCAGAGUCAGAAGCAUUUGACAAGUGCGAGUUCAAGCUGGAGAGCAUCGAGAAGCGGGAAAAAACAAGGUCCCUUUUCGAAAAUGUGCAAGUCGAGUUCCUCCACAAGGAGAAGCGAACCAACGACGAGCUUCGUGAAGCCACUCUGCUUCGAAACGAGGCUGCACAAGCUGCAGAUGAGGCCCUGGCUUUGCGCAUCAGACUGGCCAGAGAGGACCAAGACCUCACAUCUCGACAAGCCUCACUUUCAACGGCAGAGCAGCAGGCUUCACAAAAGCUGGAGUUAGCAGCGGUUGAGCUAGACCGGGCAAGAAUCUUGACCCAGGAGCUCACCAAGGACAAGGCGGAGGCUUUCAGCGAGUUGGCCGAAGCCAGGCGUGUGUCAGGAAGAGCUCAGCAAGAAAGGGAGCUUGCACAUCAGCAGUCCUUGGAAGCAGAGAUGGCAGCCUUUGAGGCGAUGAAAGCCUGCGAAGCAGCAGACGAGGACAGGAAGAAGGUUGAGCAAGCCCUUCUUUCUGUGACAGAAGAUUUAGAAAAGGCUGCACGCCAACAACGAGAAGGAUUGGAACUUGCGGCAAAGGGCGAAUCAUCGUUGCACCGCAUGCACAUGAUCGAAGAGAAGGUGUCCCAGUAUAGCGAGGAGAAUCAGAGAUUGUCGCAAGUUCUGGCAACAGAGAGGGCAGCAUGCAAUGAAAUCCGCAGCGAGAAGGAACGCAUGCAGCUCGAACUUCGAGAUUUGACUCGGCUGACUCGCUUUGCAUCUCCGCGAAUGCGUGGACAGUCUGGAGUUGGCUGA